AGAUGGAGAAACUAUCUUUGGCCUGAAGAAAGUCAACCAGCCCUGACUCCUGGAGUACGCCAUAUUGGGAAGAAUGGACAGAAUAUUUGUGUCCUCACUUUAAAUCUCUGUUGAUGACUGCCUUUCUGAGGAACAGAAAUCAUUCGCCACCUAAGAGCUUGGGGCAGAAUGAAAGGGAAUGAAGAUGCUGGUGAACUGUUACUUGUAGGCAAACAGGCCAAGCAAAUGGCACAGUAAGCAGAAGAAAGAAACCUGACUGGGAGUUCCUCCAACUCACGAGAAGCCACGUGUAAGUCUGGUUCUCCUGAGUCCUUAGCUCUUCAGAUCGCCUCACCCUACACCUACUCCGUGUGGGAGCUUGGCACGACGGAUGCAGUAAUCCAGGACUAACGAACAUGAAGAACUGGGUUAAAACCAACACCUGAGGGCACUCCCAGGCUCUGUGGUGAUGAAGUGACCCACUGGGUUGCCCGGGAACUAACUGCUACUGCAGGGACAGAAGCUACGUUUCCAGGAACUGGGUUGCGUUUACCUCGGCUUCUGACUACGCUGGAAACAGGUUUUCUACAAGGACCAGGCGUUGCUCCACUUCCUCAUCCUUCCUGCCCACCCCCUUGCUUCCAGUAGCCAUCUUCCCGGCUCCAGAAAAAAAAAAAAAAAAAAACCCAAAUUAAGCGAGGGGUACUGGCUCUUUAAACGUGACCUGCAGAGGCCGACGGAGCUGAACUGACGUGGACCCUGCUAGAACUGGGUGUCAGACACGUGGUACUAGGAGGAAUUCAUCUUGGAACUGGGCAAGAAGUUUCUCCGCUCCAGGCUGCACGCUUUUAAUAUGAAGUUAGGAGAGUAUCCGCUUGUAUUUCCCUUUUUAAAAUUGCUUUCCAAUACUUUCGUGCCGACUCGACUCUCAAACGAAAGAUGUAGUUUAAAAUAACCGCUGUCCCCGCUCUUAUGCCCAUAUUAAAAAUGGCUACCACCGCCUUCCCAAGCGAUAGUUGCUCUCUGGAAAAGAUCCGGGCGGAAACAGUGUGACCAAGUGCAGCGAGGAAGAGCCAAGGUUACUUUAUACAGGCUCGCGGGAAUCCCGCGGGCGAUUCGGGACAGAGUUGUAGGGUUUUGCUCAGGCUGCUGUGGAAAGCCCUGGGGUGUGGGAAGCCGGCACUCCUUACUGCUGAGGCCUCAGGGCUUCUGUCCAGCUAUUAGCUGUUAACUAUUAGCUGAGGCGGUAGAGGGGUUCCCUGGCGGGUCACCAUGUGGGCCUUUCCGGAGUUGCCGCUGCCGCUACUGGUGAACUUAAUCGGCUCGUUGCUGGGAUUAGUGGCCACGCUCACCCUUAUUCCGGCCUUCCGUGGCCACUUCAUCGCCGCCCGUCUUUGUGGCCUGGACCUCAACAAAUCCAGCCGGCAGCAGAUCCCAGAAUCUCAGGGAGUGAUCAGCGGUGCUGUUUUCCUUAUCAUCCUCUUCUGCUUCAUCCCUUUCCCUUUCCUGAACUGCUUUGUGGAGGAGGAGCAGUGUAAGACCUUCCCCCACCAUGAAUUUGUGGCCCUGAUAGGUGCCCUCCUUGCCAUCUGCUGCAUGAUCUUCCUGGGCUUUGCGGAUGAUGUACUGAAUCUGCGCUGGCGCCAUAAGCUGCUGCUGCCCACAGCCGCCUCAUUACCACUCCUCAUGGUCUAUUUCACCAACUUUGGCAACACGACCAUUGUGGUACCCAAGCCCUUCCGCCCAAUUCUUGGCCUGCACUUGGACUUGGGGAUCCUGUACUAUGUCUACAUGGGGCUGCUGGCAGUGUUCUGUACCAACGCCAUCAAUAUCCUAGCAGGAAUUAACGGGCUAGAGGCUGGCCAGUCGCUAGUCAUUUCUGCUUCUAUCAUUGUCUUCAACCUGGUGGAGCUGAAUGGUGAAUAUCGGGAUGAUCAUGUCUUUUCCCUCUACUUCAUGAUACCCUUUUUUUUCACCACCCUGGGACUGCUCUACCAUAACUGGUACCCAUCACGGGUGUUUGUGGGUGAUACCUUCUGUUACUUUGCCGGUAUGACCUUUGCCGUGGUGGGCAUCUUGGGACACUUCAGCAAGACCAUGCUACUCUUCUUCAUGCCCCAGGUGUUCAACUUCCUCUACUCACUGCCUCAGCUCCUGCAUUUCAUCCCCUGCCCUCGCCACCGUAUGCCCAGACUUAAUACCAAGACAGGCAAACUGGAGAUGAGCUAUUCCAAGUUCAAGACCAAGAGCCUCUCUUUCUUGGGCACCUUUAUUCUUAAGGUAGCAGAGAGCCUUCGGUUAGUGACAGUGCACCAGGGUGAGAGUGAGGAUGGUACCGUCACCGAGUGUAACAACAUGACCCUCAUCAACUUGCUGCUCAAAGUCUGUGGGCCCAUACAUGAGAGAAAUCUCACAUUGCUUCUGCUGCUACUGCAGGUGAGGUUGGGGAUGGGGUCUACACCUUAUCUCACUUUCUCCAUGGUUCUUACUCCAGUCCAUUUCUCCUGGCAGAUCCUGGGCAGUGCUGUCGCCUUCUCCAUUCGGUACCAGCUCGUCCGACUCUUCUAUGAUGUCUGACUCCCCUGAUUAUUCACCUCUAUCUGCAGUCUCCAGGGUUCCUGACUCAAGAGGAGCUCUUUCUGGACCAAGGCUGCCUCCGAACCCAGGCCUCUCCCACCCUUUGUUGUCCUCCAUGUUUGUUCUCAGCAUUUCCUUUCCCUUGUGACCAUUGACAUGCUGGGCCAUUAUUGCCCUCUAAUGACUGUUGAGGUUUGCCUGUGGCUUUCUUCAGCUUGCCACUCUCCCUCUCCAUCCUGUCUUUGCAGCCUCUUGAGGUGGGACAUGGCAGCUUUUAUGCAAUUAUCCACAACUCAGCUUUCAGAGUCCUGACUUCCAAGGAAUAUGCUGGGCCUUGAGAUAGAACCUGCGCAGGGGAUAGGGACACAUCCCCGAAGGUGACUUGACAUUUAAUUAUAAAUUAAGCGUUCUGAUUAGUAAGAGCAGACUGGGUGCGGCUAGGUGCUCCCAAUGGUGACAAUAAAGUGAUGUGUUUUCCUUGU